UUUUUUUCCCCCCCACCCCUUACCCUUGAACUGAAUUUGUCCUCUGUGCAUGCCUCUUCUGGAGCAAGGCUGGAUCCUGAACCUCAGUGCAUGCGGGGUGCAAAGCCUCGUUAAUAUUCCUGCAGUAAUAGUAAAAUGCAGAUUGGAUAAUACGACUUCUUGCUAAAGGCUCCAAUGAGUGGCACACAGCCCACAAUCACGGACAGGUUUCCUCUCAAAAAACCUACAAGACACGGCAGCAUUCUGAGCAGAGAGUCUCCAGCUGACAAGAAGCAGAAGGUUGAACGCUGCAGUAGUACGCACGACUUUGAUCCUACAGAUAGCUCCUCCAAGAAGACAAAGUCUAGUUCAGAGGAGAGUAGAUCCGAGACGUAUGGUCUUGUUCAACGGUGUGUCGUUAUCCAACGGGAUGAAAAUGGAUUUGGGCUGACGGUCAGCGGAGACAAUCCGGUCUUCGUGCAGUCAGUCAAAGAAGAUGGAGCAGCCAUGCGGGCUGGAGUGCAAACAGGAGAUAGAAUUAUCAAGGUGAAUGGCACUCUAGUAACACACUCAAACCAUUUGGAGGUGGUAAAGCUGAUCAAGUCGGGUUCCUAUGUAGCUCUCACUGUUCAGGGGCGCCCGCCAGGGUCGCCCCAAAUUCCAUUAGCUGAUUCUGAAGUGGAUCUGGCAGCAUUUGGGCGUAUGUCUCCCAUCAUGACAUCUCCCCAUUCGCCUGGCACAUCAGGAAACGCAGAAAGGAUUACUAGCCCAGUACUUAUGGGGGAAGAGAACAAUAUUGUCCACAGCCAGAAAGUGGAGAUUCUGAGAAAGAUGCUACAGAAAGAGCAGGAGCGGCUGCAGUCUCUGCAAGAAGAGUAUAGCCGAUCGCCCACCUCACGACUGCUCAAAGAGAUACAGGAAACAAAGAAGCACAUUCCUCAGCUGCAAGAGCAGUUGUCUAAAGCCACAGGCUGUACUCAGGAUGGAGUUUUGUCCUCCAGAUCUGUGACAGAAUCACUGCAGAUCAGUGAAGUGGAGGCAGAGAGCGGGGAUGGUCUGAGCAAACUAGAUUACAGUGGUGACAGCUCCCGACCAAACAGUGACAUUGCUGAUAGUCCUCGGAGUGGCCUGAAGGAUCGGAUUUAUCUGGAUGAGAGCCCAGAGAAGACUGAGAUUCAAGAUACUGAUUCUCAGUCCAGUAUUGGAAGUCCUUCUUCCCGCAUGGGACCUCAGAUCAUUGGAGCAGAAGACGACGACUUUGACACUGAACAGGAGCAGAUUAAUGGACAAUGCAGCUGUUUCCAAAACAUUGAGCUCCUGAAAUCUCGCCCGGCUCACCUGGCUGUUCUUCUGCAUCAUGUGGUGUCCCAGUUUGACCCUGCUGCAUUAUUGUGCUACCUUUACACAGACUUGUACAAGCAGACCAACUCCAAAGAGACUCGGCGUGUCUUCCUCGAGUUUUACCAAUUCUUCUUGGACCGAGCUGCAAAUCUAAAAGUUCCAGUUCCAGAUGAAAUCUCUGUAGAUCUAGACAAAAGAAGGCCAGAACUCAUUCCCGAAGAGCUUCAUCGCCACUACAUACAAACUAUGCAAGAUAAAGUUUGUCCAGAAGUUCAAAGGCAUCUGGAAGAUUUCCGGCAGAAACGUAGUAUGGGAUUGACCCUGGCAGAAGGAGAACUGACCAAACUGGAUGCAGAAAGAGUUCGUGACCGGAAUGCAGUGGAGAAGGAAAGAGCAUGUGCAGAGCAGAUCAUUGCCAAAAUUGAGGAAGUCUUGAUGACAUCUCAGCCUCUGGAGGAAGACAAGAGUUCCACAAUGCAGUAUGUGAUUCUUACUUACAUGAAACAUCUGGGAGUCAAAGUUAAAGAGCCUCGGAAUCUGGAGCAGAAGCGUGGCCGUAUUGGUUUCUUGCCAAAGAUAAAGCAGAGUAUCAAGAAAGAGAAAGAAGGAGAGGAAAAAGGGAAGAGAAGAGGCUUCCCUAAUAUUUUGGGACCACCAAGGAGACCGAGUCGACAUGAUAGUAGCGCAAUUGGCAGAGCCAUGGAAAUGCAGAAGCAACGUCAUCCAAAGCACUUAUCUACAGCCUCUUCUGUUAGCCCAGAGCCACCAGAUUCUGGCAGGCUGCGCCAGAGCGGGUCCUCCAGUGAUGGACAAGAUGCAGUAUACCCACCUGCCAACCCCAUGUCCCCUUUGGCAACGGGUCCCUUUUCCUCUCCAGAAGGAAGCAAGGACAGCGAAGCGGGCUUGAAGCAAACUGGAGAAUCUCUGCCUUCUAAUGAUUGUGUGGAUGGCACACCCCGCACGCCUAAUACUACUUUUGAAUUCCCAUCUCCUUUGGAAAACUUGCAGGAGGAGGAGGGAGAAUCUGAGAGAAUGAUUGACAUGGGAACACCAAAGACUUUUCGCAAGAUGGACAGCGUGGGUUUUGCAGAUGUACAAAGUGAAGAUGAGCUGUAUGAUUUUGACAUGGACAUGGACCCUUCCAACUGGCAGCAACUUGUGAGCCGGGAAGUGUUAAUGGGGCUGAAACCCUAUGAAAUCAAGCGCCAAGAAGUGAUUAAUGAAUUGUUUUACACAGAGAGAGCUCAUGUCCGCACACUGAAGGUUCUGCAUGAUGUCUUCUACCAGCGUGUCACCCGGGAAGGGAUCCUGAACUCCAGUGACAAACGAAAAAUCUUUUCAAAUCUGGAGGAUAUCCUUGGGCUUCAUGUUGCAUUGAAUGAUCAAAUGAAAGCUGUCCGAAAAAGGAAUGAGACUUCUGUUAUUGGCCAGAUUGGGGAGGACUUGCUUUCCUGGUUCAGUGGACCAGCAGAGGAGAAGCUGAAACUUGCAACUGCCACUUUCUGCAGUAACCAGCCCUUUGCUCUAGAGGUCAUCAAGUCUCGUCAGAAGAAGGACUCUCGCUUCCAGACUUUUGUGCAGGAUGCUGAGAGUAAUCCGCUGUGUCGACGGUUGCAGUUGAAGGAUAUCAUUCCCACUGAGAUGCAGAGGUUGACUAAGUACCCCCUUCUGCUGGAUAAUAUCGCUAAGUAUACAGAACUGCCUGAAGAGAAGGAGAAAGUGAAGAAAGCAGCAGAUCAUUGUCGUCAAGUCCUUAACCACGUGAACCAGGCUGUCAAAGAAUCUGAGAACAAGCAGCAUUUGGAAGACUAUCAGCGUCGUCUUGACCUGUCCUACUUGAAGCAGUCUGAGGAUCCCAUGAUGGAUGAGUUCAGGAACCUGGAUCUAACUAAGAGAAAAAUGCUUCAUGAGGGACCUCUAACUUGGAAGGUGAAUCGUGACAAAACUAUUGAUCUCUAUACUCUGCUUCUGGAGGACAUUCUGGUGCUGUUGCAGAAACAGGAUGAUAAACUGGUACUGAAGUGUCACAGUAAAAUCUUGGCAUCCACAGCUGAUAGCAAGCACACCUUCAGUCCUAUCAUCAAAUUGAACACUGUUCUGGUUCGUCAGGUGGCAACAGAUAACAAAGCUUUCUUCGUCAUCUCCAUGUCAGAAAAUGGUGCUCAUAUUUAUGAACUGGUGGCACAGACUGUUUCAGAAAAGAAUGUAUGGCAGGAUCUUAUAGCUCAGAUGGCAGGGACUGUAAAAGUGGAGGCUACCAGAAGAGUGAUCCCGUUACCGCAGUCAGGACCUGGCGAAGAAGAGCGUGAAGAAGAGGAGCAGCAGAAGCUCAAAGAGCAGCAUGACAUACCUGCCAGCAGUCUGCAAAGUCCAGAUAAAGAUUUGGGCCUUGAAUCUCCUUUGAUACUGAACACUCAGUCGUCUUCGCCCAUCAUGUCAGAACAGUCCAAAGUGGAAAGUCUUCUUGUGGCAGAAAGACAAUUUGAUAAAGUGCAUCAGGCAGACCUGUCACUUAAAGAUUCUUCUGCAUGCUAUGAACACACAACCACCAGUUCACCUUCGGUAUCCGAGGGGCAAUGGGCACUGGACGCGUUAAGGAACUUGGACUUGCUGAAGCAGUUGUUGGUACAGCAGUUUGGCUUUUCUGAGAAGGGGGCCCUUGAAGACCGGCAGCGCUUUCCCAGGUUUAGGACUGUUUCCCAGGAAGCCCAUAUUGAGAGUGGAAAUGAGCGUGGACUACAGCGCUCUGACAAUGACAAAUAUUCCCAGCCUGGAACGGACGGGAUGCUUCUGAGAACCGGAACUAAUGAAUCCAUGGCUAGUUACGGCCUCCGGACUUCAGCUGAAUCACCGGCUUCAGGGGAUGCCAUGCAGCUUAUAGCGAGAGACCCCAGGUCAAGUAGUAACCUAGCAAUAGACCACACAAAUAUGAAUCUGGAGAUCUCAACCACAGAGCUGGAAGGGGUGGGCACUGAUGAAAGCGGGGAACAUUUUUUUGAUGCUCGAGAAGCUCACAGUGACGAAAAUCCAUCUGAAAGCGAACUAAUGGAAAGGAAGGAGGAAGAUGAUGUGCAACUUCGGAUCUCAGGAAAUUAUUUGAUCCUUGAUGGAUAUGGAACAGUGCAGGAGAGCUCCACAGAUGAAGAGGUAUCGUCUCUAGUUCUCCAGUGCGCUGCAAGUGGCCACAUCUCUUUGGACUCUGCCCGGCAGCAGCCAGUUUCCCCGCGGGACGCCCAGUCAGAUGGAGGAAGCUCCCCGUUUGCUGAGGAGAUGAUGGUCUCACGCUGGGGGGGAGUGGAAGAGUCCUCCUGCUCAGUUGUAGCAAGCCCUCACUUCUCUAUAGAGUCGCGUAUGCAGAUGAUGCAGUAUAUUCAGAAGAUAGAGAAUGACCUUGAAAAGUUAAAGGAGGUUGAGGAAGACUACACCAUUCUCCGUCGCCAAGGGCUGGCUGGAUCAGCCUCCACGGGAGAGCACUCAGAUAAAAGUUAGUCACGUUUCCAGAAGUGGCUGAAGGUUGGAUGAAGAGCGUCAGGACCUAGCACCCACUGUCUUCCAUGUGGAUUCUGAGACCUUAGGGUUUUGUCUGUGGACCACCAAGUGUGAGCCAUUCUCUAACACAGUGGGUAGGGGGUGCUUUUCCUGUGGGGCAUCUGCACUAUCUUGUCAGUGAGGGAGUCUCUUCUAUUCUACUCCUCCUCUCCUUGUUACCAGAAAUUCAUUUUUGAUUCAGAACAGAAAAACCAAACCAAAUGUACAGAGCUUUGGGUGUAGGAUAUAAAAAUGUAUUUAGACAUUUAAAAAAAAAAAUCAUUGUAUUUAUUUGACUUCAUUCCGUGUAUCAAAAGCACAUUUUAAUUUUUUAAUUUGCCUUUCUUGUUUUAUUUUAAUUGGGUAGUAGCAGUUCUAGCCCUCUGCAUAUAGUACACUCUGCCUCCAGCUGUUCCUGAACGGGUCAGGUCUGAGGGAGAGGGUGUAUCUGUGUGCACGUGUAUCUUUACUUCACUGGACUGGACUCUGCACUCCCUGCUGGCAAUCAAACUGCCAUGCGAAGAGCUACUUAUGAAGAUGUUAAGAUGACUUGUGGCUGGAACUGUCUGUAUUCAACAGUUGCAUGGGAACUGCUCAUGUCAUCGCAUGUGUAACAAGAAUUUUCCAUGCGCUAAAUAGCCAGGCACUUGAGAUGGGCAAACUUUUUUUUUCCCCUCUCCCAUUAGGGGUCUCUUUUGUUGACAUGCAGGAUCAAACUGGGAGAGGAGAAAGAUGGGUUUAAUUUUUUUCUUGACUUUGUUGGCUUUGAUCAUUGUCUCCUUUGUAAAGUGAUAAAAAAUACUUGGACCUGCAGCACUUUUGUAACUCUUCUCUGGAUCAAAAAGAAAAAAUGCAAACCCAGAAGUGUUUCAAAGAUGUGGGACAGAUGGGUGUCUGUCCCUGAUUCACUACUGAAUGAAUAAGGGCUGCCAUUUGAGUUAGCCACAGGUACUGCUGAUUAUAGGGCCAGUAAAUUUUAGUACCUGAAGGUAUAUCUUGCUGAGGGCUUGGGGUGUUUCCUCCUUUUUUUUUUUUUCUUUCUUAUCUCCUCUCUCUUUUUUUUUUUUUUUUUCUUCAAACACCAAUUUGUGCCAAUAUAUUCUUACUGAAACAGAGAUGUGCAAAGCAAAGAAGGCUAAAACAGCUCUCCAGUACUUCCUUAGGCCAGUUCUAAUGGGUUUUGCUGUUGGAAUUCCUUCCAGUCUGGGAACAAGAUGGUAAAUGUCAGACUGCCAGAAGAGCUCACGCUGGAUGGCUUGGGGUGGUUGUGCCUGCGCUCUAAAGCUGGUCCUAGGGCAGGCACUUCCUGCUUGGUGCAGAGUGAUUCAAGUUGUCCUCAGUGUCACAGACACCUUGAAUCAAAGACUGCUAGUGGAAAUUGGGUAAGGCAGUCUUUUUGCACCCUCUUUCCAGGUUUUAAGCUAAUUAACCCAAACUGAAGAGUAUGCCAGACCUGUAAAUCCCAUUAGCAUGUUAGGACUGUUACAGCAUUGUUUGCGUUACUGUGUGGAUCAUGAAGUGCUGAGAAUCUGUCUUUGGUCAGCAUAAAGAUCGUACUCCCUGCUCCAUUAACACAAACAUGUUUUCUCUUUAGCUACUGGCAGAGAAUCAAAUCUGUCCUUUUUCUACUCAUGUGUAGCGAAAAGCAGUUCUUGCUCCUACCAUUAGAAAAAUGCAAGGGAUAAGUUCGUAUAGACAUUGACACAGGUUGAGGAGAGAUGAUUUGGGGCCUGGUGUGAAAGCUGGAGCCAUGGGCCAUUAUAGAGCAGGGAGGAGUUUCUCUUGCGUUAAGAGCCAGUUGCACAAAGUAUAAUUUUUCACCAGCGGGAGCAUUUCGCUGCCAACCCAAGCCAAAGUGGUCUCUUCCAUGCUGGCAGGAGCUUCCUCUUCCCUGUGACCCGCUAAGGCCUGUCCUGUUGCACCUGCAUGAAUAUACUGUCAGUAUUAGCCAAGUGCUUCCAUUGUUCCACGGGUGGGAUCUCCCCUCCUCACCUUCAGCCAUACGGUUGCUUUGGUUGUAAAUACCUAGACUUCCUUUAAGAAGCCCCAAAACUAAAAUGCUGCCUCAUGCUGCUUUUACCUGAUCCUGCCAGAAAGAGAACUGGGCUGUAGCCAGACUUGGUGUUUAAUGCCCUUCUUCUCUUACAGAAAGGACUCUUGUUCUUCCACCCCCCACCCCCCUCGGUCAGUUGGCAUGAUGCCUGUCUGGGACUAUACACUCCAGAAACAGGAGCAGUUGUUAAGACCUUAGCUGUCUAAAAGCUUUCUAGCAGUUUCCAUGGUUGAUUGAAAAUCACCAUUGAACUCUACUAAAUAGAGAGAGCUUAGUCUGGGUUUUCAAGGGUAUGCUGAAAGAGCAGCAAAGACGGAAGCUCUGAAGGCCUGGUUGCUUAGGGCUCUUUCCUUGUGAUUGAAGACAAAGUCCCUGGUUCUUUGAUUUUUCUUUGACUUGCGUGAAUUCUGAGGUUCGUGGUGAGCCGCAUCCUGCACGAGAAGUGUGCAGCUGGUCUGAUGGGCCAUGGGGGAACAAUCCACACAUGCUGCUUCUGGCUCUUCCGCCUUUGUGCAAGCAUUUUGGAGCAUCACCCACCGCUACGUUGUUUCAUCCCUAAUAGGUGUAGCACCAGUGAAGAAGGUGGGAAGGCAGAGUAUUUAUACUUGCAUGUCAUCUGCCCCUGACAUUUCUGCCUCUGGAGCUGCUGGAGUGGAAGUUUGCCCACCAUCCCCUAAUGCUACCUUGGACGUAAUGCAGUAGGAGGUGAGGUGCAGUUCUGUCCCUGUUGCCUCUCAAGAUGUAUAAUGGGAAACAUCUUCCCUCUGUCAUGCUAGUGGUGAUGGCAGAGAAACCUUCAGGAUGGGUCAGAUACCUCCAGACUGCAGAGAAAGAUGACCCAUUGGGACCCAGUUGUAUGGGAAAUAUAAAAUGGCAUGCUGUGCUCUGACCUGUUUGGGUUUUGUUUCAACUGGUGUUCUCAUGCUACGUCGAUUAUUCUCACAGAUAGGGCAUUAAUCCUUUCUGGAAAAAUGAUGCUGGGGCCAGGGAUCCUUUAUCUUCCGAGUGCAGUAGCCUGAAAUAAUGGGGGAUUCCUUUUUGCUCCCUAGCACACGUACUGUAUGGUAGACCUCAGGCCACGUCUUGCUGUGUAGAAGGAGCUGGAACUCAAAUGCACUUUUCAGGAUUCACACUUUUUGUUUCCUUUCAGGCCAUGAGAUUGCUCUUCUUUAAAUUCCACUUUCCCGUGUAAGGGAACAUUUUAAUUUGUGCCUGGCUGGUGAUUGUACAUUCCCUUAAUCAGACUGGACAGCAGAGCAAGACACUGAUUUCUGGUUUGUUUGUCCCUGCUUCCCCCUCCUCCGUCCCCCGGAAUUUUUUUUUUCCC